AUGAAAAUCAAGUUUGGAGGACCAGAUCUGAUCUUCCAAGCUGAAGUUUCCCUGUGGGAGAGCCCCACUAACGCUGUCUUCGCGCAGGUGGCCCACUGCUACCCAGAGCACGUGGCCAACUUCCCGCAGCAGCUGAAGGAGCUGCUUUCCUACCACCACACGGUCCUGGACGCUGACCUGCGCAUGACCUUCUGCAAGGCUUUGAUCUUGCUAAGAAACAAGAAUCUGAUCAAUCCAACGAGUUUGCUGGAGCUCUUCUUUCAACUGCUGCGGUGUCACGAUAAACUCCUCCGAAAAACUUUGUAUACUCACAUUGUGACAGACAUCAAGAAUGUAAACGCUAAACAUAAAAACAACAAAAUAAACACAACCCUGCAGAACUUCAUGUACACCAUGCUGAGAGACAGCAAUCCCACUGCUGCCAAGAUCUCUCUGGAUGUCAUGAUUGAACUUUACAGAAGGAAUAUUUGGAACGAUGCCAAAACGGUCAAUGUUAUCACAACUGCCUGCUUUUCCAAAGUGACGAAGAUACUCGUUGCUGGUUUGAAGUUCUUCCUUGGGAGAGAUGAAGAUGAGAAUCCAGACAGUGAUUCCGAAUCUGAGGAUGAUGGCCCCACAGCCAGAGAGCUGAUGGUGCGAUAUGCAACUAAUAAGAAAACCACCAAGCGCAAGAAGAAACUGGAGAAAGCCAUGAAGGUCCUCAAGAAACAGAAGAAGAAGAGAAAGCCAGAGGUGUUCAACUUUUCUGCUAUUCACUUGAUUCAUGAUCCCCAAGACUUUGCAGAGAAACUGCUGAAACAGUUGGAGAAUUGUAAAGAACGAUUUGAAGUGAAGAUGAUGUUCAUGGACCUGAUUUCCAGGCUAGUUGGAAUACAUGAGCUUUUUCUUUUUAACUUCUAUCCCUUUGUGCAGAGAUUCCUGCAGCCCCAUCAGAGAGAAGUGACAAAGAUUCUUCUGUUUGCUGCACAGGCUUCGCAUCAGCUAGUACCACCGGAGAUUAUCCAGUCAGUGUUAAUGACUAUAGCAAACAACUUUGUCACCGACAAGAAUUCUGGGGAAGUGAUGACUGUGGGAAUCAAUGCAAUAAAAGAAAUCACUGCAAGAUGUCCUUUAGCCAUGACUGAAGAUCUGCUCCAAGACUUGGCUCAAUAUAAGACUCAUAAAAAUAAAAAUGUGAUGAUGUCUGCCAGAACUCUGAUACACCUUUUCCGUUCACUGAAUCCAGAGAUGCUGCAGAAGAAAUUCAGGGGGAAGCCUACUGAGGCCUCACUGGAAGCCAGAAUUCAUGAAUAUGGAGAGCUGGAUGCAAAAGAUUAUAUUCCAGGAGCAGAAGUACUGGAUGUUGGCAGUCAAGACGAAAAUGGAGGAAACAAAGAGGAAGAUGGAUGGGAAAGCGCUAGUCUCAGUGAGGAGGAAGAGGAUGAAGACGGGGAAUGGAUUGAUGUGCAUCACUCUUCAGAUGAGGAGCAGCAAGAAGUAGCAGAAAAGAUCAAAAGCAUGCCCUUAGAGGAGCGAAAAGCCAAAGCAGCAGCAGUCAGUACAAGCAGGCUGCUAACUCAGGAAGACUUCCAUAAAAUACGUCUUGCCCAGCUGUCCAAAGAGCUCAAUUCCGCACCAGGAAAAGCUGCCAAGAGGAAAAACAUUGAAAUAGAUGAAGAAGAGGAGAGCAGGGGAGAGUUGCUUUCGCUCAGAGAUAUUGAACAUCUGCAUAAGAAGCCUAAAUCGGACAAGGAGACCAGACUGGCAACUGCAAUGGCUGGAAGAACAGACAGAAAAGAAUUUGUGAAAAAGAAAACUAAAAUGAACCCGUUUGCCAGCACUACCAACAAAGAAAAGAAAAAGCAGAAGAACUUCAUGAUGAUGAGAUACAGCCAUAAUGUCCGCACAAAAAAUAAGCGUUCUUUCAGAGAAAAACAGCUGGCUCUUCGAGAUGCACUUCUGAAAAAGAGGAAACGGCUGCUGAAGUAAUGAACAGUAAAGAGGAGGAAUA